GAAAAGCGGCCACGCCGGGGCAAAUGUGACAGCAGGAGGGCUUGCCAGCUACAGCCCAGACCAACAGGAUGAGACUACUGAUAAGGAUGCAUAUGGAAGGCAUGUAACCACCAGCAGUGAGAGUUCAUACAGGUAUAAAGCAGGAAACAUGGAGGAACUCUAUAAGGAAACCACAGAAGUCCCAAUGGAUUUGAACAAUCCUCCUUCAACGAUCUCAAACAAUAAGCUUGAAAAUGGGGUUGCUCAACUGAUUACUGCAGAAGCAUGGAAUAUUAAUUCUUCAGGCCUGAUGAAAAAGGCCCUCUCCCCACUAGUGACUGUACCAGCCUCGCCAGUUCUUAGCCCUACUUCCGAAUCGCAGAGCGGGGUAGCGCUAAAGGUGGCAGCUACUGUGCUCCAACCAAUCUGCCUUGGAGAAAGUCCUGUGGUCUUACCAAUACAUUGGCAAGUGGCGGGUGGUACCUCACCACAGAUGAGCACUAACGGUAGCACUCCUUAUGUCAUAACAGCUCAAGGGCCUGUCCCACUGCCUGUUCUUCUGGAGCAACAUGUGUUUCAGCACCUAAAUUCUCCACUGGUUUUGCCCCAAGGUACUCAAUGUCCUGCUACCACCAUACAAAACCAUCUCUUUCCAGGAACUGCUCCAUCAAUUGGUCAGCCACAAAUUUUAGAUCAGAAAACUUCCAGCCCAACACAAGAAUCAGUGUUGCCUUCAGUUUUCCAAACUCCAGGAUUUCCAGCAGUGUUGCAGGACUUAUUUCCCUCCCCAAACAGCUUGGGAGCACCGUCUCCGUGUCAUGUCGCUCCUGAUUACGGCACAAGCAACCUUCAUUCCAUUCCACCACAGGCCUUUAGCUCGCCUUUAUCUCCACUUGUUCCUCCUGCUACGCUCCUUGUACCGUACCCUGUAAUUGUUCCACUGCCUGUGCCAGUGCCUAUACCUAUUCCAAUCCCUAUCCCUGUGCCACAGACAGAGUCUAAAGGACAUGAAGAAAAACCUACACCUGAAACCCCAAAGAUCUGCCAGGGAACCCAAACACCACUGGAGAAGGAAGAAGUCAAACCUUUUGAAUUCACCGCAAAAUCAGAGUUCUCACAAUUUGCCCGUCACUCAGUCAUCAAAAUGGGAAAUGAAAAUGAAGCACUGGAUCUUUCACUGAAAAAUGAACCACUAGCUAAGACGGAUGAUAUAAGUAGCCAGGUUCUUGAGGACGAUGGUGUUUUAGAUCUGUCAGUUCCCGUGCACAAGAGGUAUGGAAACACAAAUGCUAACAUGUCCGUGUCAUGUGGCUCCAUGACAGAACUUUUGGGUCAUUCCACAAGUAAGAACUGUUCUGCUACCACAUCAUUUAACCAACCUCUAAUGCAUUCCGAGUUGAUACAGAAACAGGACAGCAGAAUUAUUUGCACCAGCUCUGCUGAAAUGCUGCGCCAGCAGAAAUGGGUCGCUGAACAAGCCAGUCGAGCUAAUUACGAGCCAAAACCUGGCAACAACAUUGAGCUUGUCAGCAGUUCCCAAACUGCAAAAGUCAUUGUCUCUGUGAAAGAUGCUGUGCCUGCCAUCUUUUGCGGCAAAAUAAAAGGGCUUUCAGGCGUUUCUACUAAAAACUUUUCUUUUAAGAGAGACUUACCGCAGGACUCCUCCAUGCAAUGCUAUGACGCAAAGAACCAGGCAGAGAUUAGGGAAGGUGUUGAUGGAUUGCGUAAACCCGUAAAAAGCCGGAAUGUUAAAUUAAAGAAAGUGAAUUCACAAGAGAUACACAUCCUUCCAAUCAAAAAGCAGAGGCUGGCCGCCUUUUUCCCCAGGAAAUAGUUUAUGUUGCUACCUUUGGAUUAUUAUUGGGUGUCUGAAUUUUAUUACAAACAUUAACCAAGAAACAUCUGUCAAUAAAUCGCAAGAGACGUUGUACUCAUUAUUUAAGCAACAGAUCCAGAGCCACUGCUUCCUAUCCAUGCAAAUAUGUGCCAGAGGGACAAAACGUGUUUCCAUAUCGGGGAAAAAACCCAUGUAAAGUCCAGGAAGUGUAUAACCUUUCUACAUAUACCCUCAAGCCAGCAAAGGGUUAAUUCCUCUUUUGGAUAGAUCUUUGUAAUUUAUUAUUAUAAGGGAAUGGGGAAGAGUUUGGGGAGAUUAGAAGUAAAUAGCUUUUCAAGAUUUUUUUUUUUUUUUUUUUUACUUAUAUUGGCAUAACGUCCAUUAAAAAUCACCUAUUUUGAAAUGGAUCGCAUAUUUUAUGCAGCUUUUAUUAGAAUAACGGAUUUGCCAGAGCUGUUUCUAUUGCCAAUUAUUGCUUUAAUUCUGUAUUUAAUAUUAAAUAGCUACAUUGCAUAUUUAAAAUAAAUGUUUGUAUGUGUUAA